CCAAUGAUUGCCACAGCCAUUGUGGGUUAUCUCCUGUGGUGACUGCAGACUCAAGAGUUUCCUUCCCUGCUGCAUCUUGAGACCCACUGAUCUCACCAUUCUUGCAAUCCUCCCAUCAGCUUGCCCCUCUUCCCUCUUUCUUCUACUUCGAAGUAUCCUUUGAACCCCCCUGAAGACCUACCGGUGGAGCCAGAAUGGAGGACACUUACAAUAACAGGACUUCUCUGGUUAAGGGGGCCAAGGACAUAGUCAAGGAGGCCAAGCGGCAUGCAACCAAGAAAGUCAACAAGGCGGUGGACCGCGCCACAGACGAGUACUCAUCCCACCGCAACUACAGCCGAUUCCAGGAUGAGGAGGACGGUGACGAGGAUUUCUACCGGAACCCCCCGAGGCAGGAUGGAGAGGGCUACCAUGACAACGAGGAUGGCUCCAGCGAUGCCACAGAGGGCCACGAUGAUGAGGAUGAGAUCUACGAGGGCGAGUACCAGGGGAUCCCCUCGGCAGGAGAUAGCAAGCAUAAGGAGGGCCAGGUGGCACUGGGGCAGCCGAUGUCAGAUGCCACAAGGGACCGUAGGGAGCUGGAGCAGGAGAGACAGGCUGACGAGGAGGAGCUGGCCCAGCAGUACGAGCUGAUCAUCCAGGAGUGUGGCCACGGGAGGUUCCAGUGGCAGCUGUUCCUGGUGCUCGGGCUGGCGCUCAUGUCAGAUGGGGUGGAGGUGUUCGUGGUGGGCUUUGUGCUGCCCAGCGCAGAGACAGACAUGUGUGUGCCCAACUCCAGCUCGGGAUGGCUAGGCAGUGUUGUUUACUUGGGGAUGAUGGUGGGGGCGCUCUUCUGGGGAGGGAUGUCUGACAAAGUGGGCCGCAGACAGUGCCUCCUCAUUUGCAUGUCCACGAAUGGCUUCUUCGCCUUCCUGUCAUCUUUUGUCCAGGGAUACGGCUUGUUCCUCCUUUGCCGUCUCGUCGCAGGCUUCGGGAUAGGAGGCGCUGUGCCCAUCGUUUUCUCCUUCUUUGCAGAGGUGUUGUCCAGGGAGAAGAGAGGAGAACACCUCAGCUGGUUGUGUAUGUUCUGGAUGAUUGGAGAAAUCUAUGCAUCUGCUAUGGCCUGGGCCAUCAUACCACACUAUGGUUGGAGCUUCAGUAUGGGCUCGGCGUACCAGUUUCACAGUUGGAGGGUGUUUGUGGUCGUCUGUGCCCUGCCCUGUGUGUGUGCUGUGGUGGCACUUACCUUCAUGCCCGAAAGCCCCAGAUUCUACCUCGAGGUGGGGAAGCAUGAUGAAGCCUGGAUGAUCCUCAAACAGAUCCACGACACCAACAUGAGAGCGCGUGGGCAACCGGAGAAAGUCUUCACUGUAAACAGGAUCAAGAUCCCUAAACAGCUGGAUGAACUGGUUGAAAUGGAAUCAGAAUCUGGCAAUCCAGUUUCCAAGGUUUUCUUUAGGAUAAAGGCUGAAACACAAGGGAUCUAUAUGAAUCUUGUGAAGUGCUUCAACUACCCUAUGCGAGAAAACAUGACACGCCUGGCUAUAGUGUGGUUCACGCUCUCAUUCGGGUAUUAUGGCCUGUCUGUCUGGUUCCCUGAUGUCAUCAAACACCUUCAGGCUGAUGAGUAUGCCUCCAAAGUGAUGAUACACAACAAUGAACGCAUUGAAGACUUCACCUUCAACUUCACCCUGGAGAACCAGAUACACAGAAAUGGCCUCUUCAUUAAUGACCGAUUCAUUAAUAUGAAGUUGAAGUCCGUCACCUUCAUUGACUCUACCUUUCGUAACUGCUACUUCGAUGAUGUGACAUCAGUGGGAUCCUCCUUCCGUAACUGUACUUUCAUUGAUGCAUUCUUCUACAACACAGACAUCGAUGAUUCCAAAUUGAUAGAUGGCACAGAGGUGGUCAACAGCACAUUCACUCACAACAAAACAGGAUGCCAGAUGACAUUUGAUGACGACUACAGCGCCUACUGGGUCUACUUCAUCAACUUCCUUGGGACCUUGGCUGUUCUGCCCGGCAACAUUGUGUCCGCCCUUCUCAUGGACAAAAUUGGGCGUCUGUCCAUGUUAAGUGGCUCCAUGGUGCUCUCAGGCAUCAGCUGUUUCUUCCUGUGGUUUGGCACCACUGAGUCCAUGAUGAUUUUCAUGUUGUGCCUUUAUAACGGCCUGAGCAUCUCUGCCUGGAACUCCCUGGAUGUGGUCACUACUGAGUCAUUCCCUACUGUCAGGAGAGGAACAGGCUUUGGGUUCUGCAACGCUCUGUGUAAGCUGGCUGCAGUCCUGGGGAACCUGAUUUUUGGUUCUCUCGUCAGCCUCACCAAGGCCAUCCCCAUCCUCAUGGCCUCGUCAGUGCUUGUCGGUGGAGGCCUGGUUGUACUCCGGUUGCCUGACACUAAGUCAAAUGUCCUCAUGUAACACCAGCUUGGCGUUCAUUGGCUGGGAUAAAACCUGGUUAAAACCUGGGUGAAUCCAAGAGGAUGCCCAGGGAUUGUUGGGUAAGGAAUGCAAAUUGCUUGGUUUGUUCAUGUUUUAACACUUGUUAUCCCAUUUCACAAAUGUACCUUAAGUAAAUCCGGGUAGCAACCCACCUUUUCAUAGUGUGUUUGACUUUAUAUCAGUCAAACUCUUUACUUUCUGUGUAAGUCAAUAAUAAGCUCAAUCAUUUUGUGAGUGUUCUGUCUAGAGAGUUCCCAUGACAGAGCUGGGAGUUUGCACAGAGUUUUGGCACUGAGACUUUGAUGGAGUUUUGUUCAGUGACGGGUUGCACCUUCCAGCUGCAGCUAUAACCUUUCGCGGUGUCACUGCAUGGUUAAAGCUCGAGGCUUUUAAUAUUGAUACAGUCUUAUUAAGACAAGCCAGAUGGGGAGAAAAGUGAAAAACAAGCUGUAAUGAGCACAGUCUACCUGCUGUUUGACAACAUUGGGAAUAGAUGAUCAGACAGAGCGGACACACGACACAGCUGUAUGACAGCUGGCUUGCCCACAGGACCCACAUGCACAGGGCAUGUUGUAGACUGAUUGCAGAAAGUCAACCCAUACUUUAUGUGCAAAUAUGUGUCUUAAAAUAGACUGACACUCACAUAUACCUACACUUUUUUUCCACUCAGCACUUACAUCAUUCUGUACACACAAUACUGUAUUUUGCUCAACAUGACAUUUGCUCAGACAUCUGCAACCUUUUCAGAGUUGAUCAUAGUACGACACCAAGCCCUUUGCAUUACCUACCCAGCCAAGAAUCAAAAAGGCCAUAUUGAAAAACUGUAUUUUCUUGUACCAAUAAUUGUAUUGUAUGUUGAAUCCGAGGAUGUUCAUUUUAUUUUAUGCUGUGUUAUUGUGGAAGUUGGAAUGAUGAAUUAUUCACUUUAUCCAAAUGUUGUUAGUCCAGCUCCCCUUCCACCUGUGUAUUAUUGUACAAAGGCUCUCUGAUGAGCUGUCCUUCUGAUUCUCGUUAGCUUUGUGUUGGAUCUUGCUUGUGGCAGUGACAUUGAUAAUGACGUGUCAUGCCGUUUCCUUUUAAAUAUACUGAAUGGCCUUUUUUAAAUGUGCCUCUCCUUAACUGGAGCAGUCUGCCCAUAGUCAUGUAGUGUCCCAAGGUUAUAAGGAACAGACAGAAACUGAAUAGAAAGUGCAUAGAUAAAAUAAUUAUGGUGUUUUUGUGAAUAUAUGUGAAAUAUGUGGCCAAAACAAUAUUUUAGUAGGGUGUGAAUUCAUUUUUGGUCUAAACCUCAUCUCUUCUGUUAGACAUCCCUAUUUUAAUAGAACUUUUAUUCCUGUGGGAUAAGCCUCUCCUGAAAACAGUUGUUACAAAAGGUAACAAUGAGCCAAAACAUGAUCAAGCGGUGUAAGUUACCAUGCAUGACUAUAAAAGUAAAAAUGUAAGUAAGUAUACAAUCAGGGCAAAAUUGUGCCACCCAUGACAAAAAUGUCUCCUAAGGAAACUUUUUGGCUUUUUUGACUUUGUAUCUUAAAUUAUCUUGGAAAAAUUCAUUUCAAAUUGUGUUUGCAUAACUGUUGAAAUUGUGCAAAUACAAAACCAGAUGAUAAAUUUGAGCUCUGUCAUUUGUAGUGAUUUUGUGAAAAAUCUACUUUUGCCAUAAUCUCACACUUGAAAACAUACCUACCUUGUACUAAUUAUUAUGUAAUCUGUCUUUCAACAUUGAAACCUCAAUGCAUACUGCUAAAGAUAAUGAUAAUAAGAUAAAAAUAAUAAAGAUAAUAUAAGAUCAUGUCGCUAAUUUCAAAGUGUUAAA